ACACAAGACCUAGUCAUGGCUGACAACAGUACCCUGGUGUCUGAAACCGGGAGGAGCCUCUUGGCUGAUUCUUCAGUCCUUGAUUCAAAAAUUACAGAAACUUCCAAAGAAAAUCUAUUUCCUGGAUCUGUUUUGGAUGUUGAAGAAGAAAUGUCUCAAAUAGAAACAAGAGUGGUUUUGGUUCAGGAAGCAGGGAAACGUGAGGAGCUUCUGAAGGCCUUGGAGACUAUUAAGAUAAUGGAAGUACCAGUUAUAAAGAUAAAGGAAACUAGUCCUGAUAAAUCAGAAGAAAAACUAAUAAAAAGUAUUAUUCAUAUGGAAAUUAAAAUACCCUACAUAAAGAUAGAGAUGAUAGAAGAACUUGGCGAUUCUGAUUCCCUGGAAUUUGAGACUAUCUUUGUUGUAUCAGACUUCCAAGAGUCGAUCUUUAAGAAGCUUUGCAAAGCUGAUUGCCGUGUCAUUGGGCCUCCAGUGGUACUGCACUGUGCACAAAAAGGAGAGCCUUUACCUUUCUCCUGUCGUCCACUGUACUGUGCAGCUAUGCUGAACUUGGUGCUGUGCUUUACAGGAUUCAGAAAGAAAGAUGAAUUGGUUAAGCUAGUGACCUUGGUUCAUCACAUGGGUGGAAUUAUUCGAAGGGACUUCAGCUCAAAAGUUACACAUCUGGUGGCUAACUCAACACAUGGGGACAAAUUCAGAAUUGCUGUAAGUCUUGGUACGCCUAUCGUGAAAGCUGAGUGGAUUUAUAAGGCUUGGGAGAGAAGGAAUGAAAUCAAUUUCUGUGCAGCUGAUGAUGACUUUAGAAAUCAGUUCAAGGUUCCUCCCUUCCAGGAUUGCGUCCUAAGUUUCCUUGGAUUCUCUGAUGAUGAGAAAGCUAACAUGGAAGAAAUGACAGAAAUGCAAGGAGGACAUUAUUUACCAGUUGGUGAUGAAAGGUGUACGCACUUAGUGGUUGAAGAAAACACAGUAAAAGAUGUUCCAUUUGAACCUUUAAAAAAGCUCUAUGUUGUGAAGCAAGAGUGGUUCUGGGGAAGCAUUCAGAUGGAUGCCAGAGCUGGAGAGUCGAUGUAUUUAUUUGAGAAGCCAGAGAGUCCUGGCCUGAAGAAGUCCGUGUCGCUGCUUUCUCUGAAUACUCCGAAUAGCAAUCGCAAGAGGCGCCGCUUGAAAGAGACCCUCGCCCAGCUGACCAGGGAGACGGACAUGUCGCCAUUCCCCCCUCGGAAACGCCCGUCAGCUGAACAUUCCCUUUCCAUUGGGUCCUUGCUGGAUAUUUCUAACACUCCAGAGACAAAUGCUACCAGUGGAGAAACACCUAAAUCCUGUGCAAGGCCUUCCAAAAAUUCAACUCCCCUUCCAGUAAAGCAGUCUGCAAGAUGGCAGGUUGCGAAGGAAUUGUAUCAAACGGAAAGUAACUACGUUGAUAUCCUAACAACAAUCAUUCAGUUAUUUCAAGUUCCACUGGAGAAAGAAGGACAGCUUGGGGGACCGAUCCUUGCGCAGGAAGAGAUUAAGACCAUAUUUGGCAGCAUUCCGGAUAUUCUUGAUGUACAUACUAAAAUCAAGGAAGACCUGGAAGAUCUUAUGAUGAAUUGGACUGAAAGCAAAAGUAUUGGUGAUAUCAUUCUUAAAUACUCAAAAGACUUGUUGAAAACAUACCCUCCGUUUGUGAAUUUCUUCGAAAUGAGCAAGGAGACUAUUACUAGAUGUGAAAAGCAGAAGCCAAGGUUUCAUGCCUUUCUAAAGAUAAACCAAGCUAAACCUGAAUGUGGCCGCCAGAGCCUAGCUGAACUCCUCAUUCGUCCUGUUCAAAGGCUGCCCAGUGUUGCUCUACUACUAAAUGAUAUUAAGAAGCAUACAGCAGAAGAGAACCCAGAUAAAAUAACUCUAGAGAGAGCAAUUGAAUCAUUAAAGGAAGUGAUGACACAUAUUAAUGAAGACAAAAGAAAAACAGAGGCACAAAAACAGUUCUUUGACGUUGUCUAUGAAGUUGAUGGAUGUCCAGCCAAUCUCUUGUCCUCUCACCGAAGCUUAGUUCAGCGCUUGGAAACCGUAGCACUUGGUGAUGACCUCUGUGACAGGGGUGAACAGGUCACACUCUUGUUCAAUGAUUGCUUAGAGAUCGCGAGGAAACGGCAUAAAGUUAUUGGUGCUUUCAAGAGCCCACAUGGGCACAUAAGGCCGCCUGCAUCUCUCAAGCAUGUUGUCCUCAUGCCUCUCUCCCAGAUCAAGAAAGUCCUAGACAUCAGGGAGACAGAAGAUUGCCAUAAAGCUUUUGCCUUAGUUGUGCGGCCACCUACAGAACUCAACAACAAGCUACUCAGCUUCCAGAUGACAACUGAAGAACCUCCUAAAGAAGAUUGGUUGAAGAUAUUGUGUCGGCAUGUGGCUAACACCAUUUGUAAAGCAGAUGCAGAAAAUCUCAUUUAUACUGCUGAUCCUGAUUCUGUUGAAGUAAAUACUAAAGAUAUGGACAGUACUCUAAGCAGAGCAUCCAGGGCAAUAAAGAAAACAUCAAAAAAGGUUACAAGAGCAUUUUCUUUCUCAAAAACACCCAAGAGAGCCCUUCGAAGGGCUUUGAUGUCACACAGUGCGACAGAAGGAAGAAGCCCCAACUCGGCUACCGAGGGUUACGCAGGCAGCCGCCUGACCGGCACCUCAUCGCUAGCAGGUGUUCCUUCUCCUUCCUUGGUCAGUCUUCCCUCAGUCUUUGAAAAAAGGAGUCAUACGCUAAGUCGGUCAACAACCCACUUGAUAUGA